GUUCGGUACAACAGCUGGCAAUUAUUAGGACCGAAUUCCAUGUCGAUCUCAACAGGCCUGGGGAGUCCAGUUACCAGGCUCAUAUACGAACAAGUUUUGCCCCAAAAAAAUCAAUUUGGAUAUCAAAAGAUGGAGCAACUCAUAGCUCGUCGGCGCAAGUACCAGCGCAAAGAUGAUGAGGCGAGCCUCUGCCAAAUGCUACCCAAUUUGAAAAGCAAGUCCUUCAAGGGACUGGGACGACGGGUCAAAACUCAGCUACUUCGAGUCCUGCCCUCCGCUGCUCUGGCCAAGAACUCACUGCGCUUCCUGAAGCGCUGCACCAAGCCCAAUCGCCAGGAGUUUCAACGCACCUGCUUGGCCAUCGGAGUGGGAUUCCUCAUCAUGGGCUCGAUUGGAUUCGCGGUCAAACUGAUUCACAUACCCAUCACCAGCAUUCUUAUGUCCUGAGAGCCAGGAAACUUGAGCGGAAAUAAAGUUUCAAUUCAACUGCCUA